GGAGCGGACGGGCGCGAGCUUGUGGGAGUGAGUGAGUGAGAGAGUGAGUGACUGAGCGAGCGAGUGAGUGUGUGUGUGGGAGUGGGGGUGAGAGAGAGGCAUCCCGACCGCGAGGCCGUGAGAAAGUGGGCGAGGACGCGCGGCCUGGCUGCGGGAGCCGCGGGCGGCGGAGGAGAAAGGAGGCGGCUCCCGGCAUCCCGACCCCUCCCCCUCCGCCUCAGCAGACUUCCAGCCGGACCCGCGGCCCGCGCUUCCUCCGAGGCCGCAGCCCGGCCCGGCCAGGCCGCCGAACCAGAUAAAGUUUACAUUCAAGAAAAGAGGAAAUAAUCCAGAAAAGGAAAACAAAUCAAGAUGUGUAGCUCUGUGGCCGCCAGGUUGUGGUUUUUGACAGAUCGUCGCAUCAGGGAAGACUAUCCCCAAAAAGAGAUCUUACGAGCUUUGAAGGCCAAAUGUUGUGAGGAGGAGCUGGACUUCAGGGCGGUGGUGAUGGAUGAGGUGGUGUUGACAAUUGAGCAAGGAAACCUGGGUCUACGGAUCAAUGGAGAACUAAUCUCUGCCUACCCCCAGGUGGUGGUAGUGAGAGUUCCAACCCCUUGGGUGCAAAGCGAUAGUGACAUCACUGUUUUGCGCCAUCUAGAGAAGAUGGGAUGCAGGUUGAUGAACCGACCUCAAGCCAUCCUGAACUGUGUUAAUAAAUUCUGGACAUUUCAAGAGUUAGCUGGCCAUGGAGUUCCUCUACCAGAUACUUUCUCUUAUGGUGGCCAUGAAAAUUUUGCUAAAAUGAUUGAUGAAGCAGAAGUACUGGAGUUCCCAAUGGUAGUGAAGAAUACGAGGGGUCAUAGAGGCAAAGCUGUCUUUUUGGCACGGGAUAAGCACCAUUUGGCUGAUCUAAGCCAUCUUAUUCGCCAUGAAGCUCCAUACCUGUUCCAGAAGUAUGUUAAGGAGUCUCAUGGGCGGGACGUGCGUGUCAUUGUUGUGGGAGGCCGUGUGGUUGGCACCAUGUUACGUUGCUCAACAGACGGGAGGAUGCAAAGCAACUGCUCAUUAGGUGGUGUGGGGAUGAUGUGCUCAUUGAGUGAACAAGGGAAGCAGCUAGCCAUCCAGGUGUCUAAUAUUCUGGGCAUGGAUGUGUGUGGCAUUGACCUGUUGAUGAAAGAUGACGGCUCCUUCUGUGUCUGCGAGGCCAAUGCAAAUCCUUUUCAGGAGCCAAAAAACCAAAUCCAAACAAACAAAAAUACCCAGAGAAAAAACUUUCCUUCUUCCCCCUUCCUGAUGAUGAGUGAGAAGUAUUGAGAACUUUCGGGGUCAGUGCCCUUCUAAACUCCCCUCCCCCCAAUAAUGCAGCUGUAUAAUGAAUGCUAAAUGCAGCGGUUUGGACUCAGGCACAACCCGGCCUGUUUGCAGGUAAUUUGACUCUCCUUUUUUCCAUCACCAGGCUAACUUUACUUUCUUUAAAGUUUCCUUUCUUUAUGCACUUUAAAGACAACCAUGAGUUCGUCAGUUUAAAAAAAAAUAUCUAGUAAUGAUUUGAUUAAAGAGCUUUUGGGGAUAAAGUUUGAGCUGAUUGAGAUGAACUCAGGACUUUGGGGAUUUUGCUUAACCAUUCAGAUGAUUCCAUUCCUUGCAUAUAUGUCUAUAAUUAAGUACUUCAGAGUGUGACUUUUGGCUUUGUUUUUGUUUUGGGUUUGUUUCUUCCAUUGUGCUACUCUGGCUUAAGCUUUUUCAGGGGUUGGUGUUCCGAAUACACAGUGAGCUCACAGUAUAAAGACAUCAAUUAGGAGUGGACAGGUAUGGAAAACUAGAGUGGUAAAAAGGUAAAAUUAGGUUCUAGGCUAUAUGGUAAAAACAUAUAGUGGUCAGGUGACCUUGGUGCUUCACUUUCUGUUAACAUCACUCUAAAAGUGAAUGGGGAAACAGAUAAUGGAAAGCAUUUUAGUUAUUUUAGGAAUAAUGUGGUAUCAGAACUAAUUGUUCUAGUAUUUCUGACACACAAGUUCCAUUAGCGGUAGAUGUGAGCUAUUUGGAUUGUUGUAAAUAUCAUGAUUUUAAGCAUUCAAAAAUUAUAGUUUUGAACAGAGAGCAUUUCUCAAGUGCAGUACAGUUAGCUAGGUUAAGAUCAUAAAACAGAGUUAGUGGAAGAAUAGGAAUACAGCUUGUCCAUUUUGAUAGCCUUCCUGUUAGAAGACUUUCCCUUUCCUUUUCUUUCCAGUCAACCUAUCCUGUCUCCUGUCUUUCCUAAGGUUUUAGCUCUAACAUGAGAGCUGAAACUCAUAUUUUUACAAUUUUUGGAGUUAAUCCUCUUUCUAGUAAGUUCCAGUGAAAGUGGCUAGAACCUCUUUUACAUAUGCUUCUGCAUGAUUUUAUUCUUGAAUUAUAUGUGUGCUGUCCAAAGAGGCUGUAAGUCUAACACUAGUGGAUUCACUAGUGAAUAGGAAAUCCUGGCCCAGAGUGCUCUUUCUAUAGCUAAAGGGGGUAUGUAAAAGGUUAUUAGCCAUUCUGUACUUCAGUUGACUUAAGGAUUGUCAUGUCCCUAAGUGUCUUAAGACAAAAUAAUUUUCUGUUAAACUGAAAUUUACUACUGAAGGAAUUCCAACUGCAUAAUACUAAAGGGCUCAUUCAGGAGACCCUUGUCUUCCUCCUGAGGAGAAUGGCCACCAUUAGAAUGAUUGGAGCACGUGAUCGCAUAGUGUACGGAGAGUUUAAGAACCUCCAUUUCAACUGUCCCCAUUGAAUACUUGUAAGGAAUAAUCUUGCUUUUAGAUUUUUGUCAUAUUCAAACUUACUAGGUGGACCUUAUAUAGCAUAUAUACCUGGAUGCUAUUGUGGGAUUUGGGAACAUGAGGGGUGGGGUGAACUGUUGUUGUUUUAGGUUUCAGUCAGACAGACAUCCCUGUGCCCCACUUCCCAGAAGCACAGCAGGCCUCUAGGAGCAUCCGUGGGAACCUCGCAGUCCUGGCAUCACCACCUUCUCCUGCUCAGGCGCAUCCCAUAUACAGAGGUCAAAAGGGUGGGGUUUGAGAUCGGGGGAAGGAAUGAGAAAGUAGAAACAAUGUCAUUGCGGUGCCACUGUUGAGUAGCUUUUGGUGCUUAUGUCAGUGUUUGUUUUAUUUCCUGAUUUUUUUUUUUUAACGUUGGCAAACUACAUACUUAUUG